AUGCAAUACGUUAAUGGUAAUGAUAUUUCAAGUCAAAGUAUUCAUGAAGUUUUAGAACUUGCAUUUUCAACAAAAAUCCCAUGGACAAAAUUAGAAUAUGAAUCAAGUGAAAAACAUAUAAUACAUUCCUAUUCAUCACAUGAAAGAGGUAUUUAUUUAAGUAAAGGUGUUGCAGAAUUUAAUAUUUCACCAGAAAAUAUGUAUGAACUUUUAUUGGAUAUUUCUUCAAGAUCAAAAUGGGAUUUUCAUUGUAGAGAAGCACAUAUUAUUGAAGAAUAUGAUCAUUUAAAUCAUAUUAUUCAUUUAAAUUUUACAAAUCCAUUAAUUAGUAAUUUGGAUAUGAAUUUAUAUAGAAGUUGUAAGUAUGAUCCACAAGAGAGAUUAUUUGUAAUUGCUAUGAGAUCAAUUGAAUUGGAGGAUGGUGAUGUUGAUCAAUUUGAAUGUUUACCAAAUGGAUGGGUAAUUCAAGGUUUAAGAGGACAAAAAGAUAAAUGUAAGAUGACAUUCGUUCAACAAUGUGAUCUAAGAGAUAUAGAACUUCAACGUAUUCCAGGUUAUAAAUCAUUCAAUAGUAAAGAGAGACUUGAGGAUUUUCAAUUUCUUACAUUGUUUCCUGCCACUGUAAGUGGUAGACUUGCAAAGAUUUUCGAAUCUAUAGAACUAUACAUAUCAAACAAUGUGAAGGAUAUUGAAACCAAGGAUAUUCGUAUCUCAAUUAUGGAAAAAGCAGAAAAGGAGGUAAAUGAAAUGUUUGGUACAACCAAUCCAGACUAUGGUUGGAAAAUUUAUUUAAAGAAAUUGGAUAUGGAAAUUCUAAUUAAAAAGACAACCUCUGGUUACUAUAUGAUUGGUAAGGGUAGUUUUUCUUCGAGGUAUUCACCAGAGUUAUUGGCUGAUGUACUCUAUCAGAAGAAUCCUUUCGAAUGGGAUACUUUUUAUGAUAAAACUAAAUUGGUUGAAAGUAUCAAUAGUUCAAUCAGAGAGGUCGAGGUUCAUUAUAGAAUGUGGAGAAAUACAAUCACCAUGAGAUUGCUACAAUCCGUUAAAAAAGGACCUGGUAAUUUCUCAUCGGUACAUUGGAGAAGUAUUUGUUCUCCAAAUUAUCAAGUGGCUGAUGGUAUCGAAGUACAUUAUCUUCCUACUGCACUCUUAAACUAUGGUUUAGGUGAUGGUAGUUUCACAAGUUUCUUGGCGGCAAUCGAGGUUAAAGGUUAUCCAACUCCUUGGGAGGAAGAGAUGGUAACUAAAAUGUUUGCUGCUAGAAUCAUUUCAAAUCAAAAUAGUAUCAUAAAUCAUGUAAAUAAAUUAACAGGUGGUUCAGAGAUGAUAAGAGAAUUACCUGUUAUUCCUUCAGUUCAACAUCAUUGUGGUGAUGUUGGUUCUCAUAUUGGUACUCCUCAAGUCUAUAAUGCAAUGGUCGAAAAUUUUGCUGAUAUACUUUUAGAUGAAGGUAAUAAAGAUGGAAAUGUAGUUUCUUCAAAAAAUAAAAGAAAAAGAAAUAAAAAUAAUGAAAAUAAAAAUAAUAAUAAUGAUAAUAUAAUUGAUGAAGAAAUUGAACAAGAGGAGGAAAAUAUUGAAAAAGAUCAACAACAAACCCAACAACAACAAACUCAAAAACAACAACAACAACAACAACAACAACAAAAAACACAACAACAACCACAACAGCAACAACAACAACCACAAGAACAACAACAAAAUCACUCACAACUAAAAAAAGAAAUCAAACCUACAAGACCAAGUAUUCGUUUUACCUAUUUAUUAAGUAACAGUAGUAGUGGACAACGUCCAAUUGCUUGGUAUGAAUCAAAAAAACAACCAUUCUUAUUUUUGGUUAGUGAUAGUAGUGAGAGAAAAGGAAAGAUUCAAAGAAAGACUUAUUAUUUCUCAAAUUCAGGUUUUGAUAAUUUACCAGAGGAAGUGGUUCAAAUUAUAUUUUCCAAUUUAUCGGCAAUCAAUAUUGUCAACUUAUCAUUAGUUUGUAAAAGAUUUAAAAUGGCAACUGAUAGUCCAAUUCUUUGGAAAAAUCUUUAUAAAAGUAAUCCAUUAUUUCAUAAAAAGACACCAAAAAGAAAACAAAUCAUUCAUUCAAAUCUAAGUAAUGAUGAAAAUAAAGUAAAUUCAAAUUCUGGUGAUUCUGCUGAUGGUUCAUCAAGCCAAGAAGAAGAAGAACAACAACAACAAAAUCAACAACAAAAUCAACAACAAAAUCAACAACAACAACAACAACAAACAUUUGACCUUUCAAAUAUUAAUUUAAAUGAUCCAAUAUCAUUAUUAAUGGUAUUUACAAAUGGAAUAAUUCCUCAAAAUUUAUCACCAACUGAAAUAAUAAAUGUUGGUGGAAUAGUGUCUCAAAUUGAUUUGAAUGAUCUUUCAAACGUUGAAACUCUUAUUCAACAAUUACCUCAUCAAGUUUUAUCAUUGAUUCAAAUGAAUACACUUGAUGCAAAGAUUCAACAUUUAUCAAUGAUUAGUGGAAUGCCAGCAACCAUUGGUCAAGAAUCACCAAUCAAUAAAAACUCUUCAGAUAAUCCAAAACCAAAUGCAUACAAUAAAAGAGAUAACAACUCUUAUAUUCCUGAUGAAGAGUUUAUUAAUUGGAAAUCACAUUACACUGAAAAACAUAAGCAAUCAAAGAGAUGGGUUAAUAUGGAACCAAUUCGUAUCACCCCUCUAAAGGGUCACAAUAGGGCAAUCAAAGCUGUAAAGAGUGAGGGUAAUUCAGCUAUCACCGUAUCAACAGAGAAAAAAAUCAAAUUUUGGAAUUUAAACACUGGUCAAUGUAUUGGAGACUACGAAGGUGAAUCAGGUGUUCUCUCUGUAGAGUAUGAUCACACUCAAAAGUCAUCUUGUAUUUGGCCAUUGUCAGAUUAUACCAAAGUCCACAUUGGCCAUAAGAAUGGUACCGUCACUAUGGUUGAUUUCAUUGAACAACCAAUUGAAGUUAUUCAUACAUCAAGACCAACCAAUUUGGCUGAUGGUUUCGAUUUCACCUUUCCUGGUAAAUAUUUGAUUUGGGAACACACAAUCAUUCACUAUUGGGAUGUUGAAACAAGUACACUCUUGUGGAAUGAACUAAAUGCUCACACAAAGAAAAUCACUCAAUCAAAGAUUGUCGCACAACAUGAACUUUCUAAUAAAGGUAUCGUAUUCACAACUAGCUCUGAUAAAUCUGCAAAAGUUUGGGAUUUAACAAAUGGUACUUGUAUAAAUACUUUGGUUGGCCAUUCAUAUGCCGUCAAUUGUAUUGAACCAAUUGGUGACUAUAUGGCUUUGACAGGUUCCACUGAUAAAACUCUUAAACUUUGGGAUCUUAGACAAGCCUCAACAUUUAUAUCUAGUUACUCUACUAAACACACUGGUCCAAUUAGAUGUAUUUCCUAUCAAGAAAAGAAUGGUAUUGUUUUAAGUGGUAGUGAUGAUGGUUCAAUCAUUGCAUUUAACUUGGAUAAUUGGAAUCUUUCAAAUAUCUCUGUUGUUAAAAAACCAAUCUUUAAUAAUGUUAUUGGUAAUAUUGGUACAACAACAACAACAACUACUACUACCACUACAACUACAACUACUACUACUUCAACUACAAAUAAUACUAAUGUACCAGAGAUUCCAAAGAUUAAUUUAGGUACUUUUAAGGAUUCCAAAAGACUUCAUAAUCAUGAAUCUGCUGUAACUUGCAUUGAAUCUGAUGAAGCUGGUUUUAUUAGUGGAUCACAAAAUGGAUUGGUUUUGAGAUGGGACUUUUAA